AUGAGAAUACUGUGCGAGCCCUGAAAUGCUGCCAUGAACAGAAGAGCAGGGGGUCAGGGACUUCACCGUCAGAUGGCCUGGAGCAGGAAAGGCAGCGCCACAUACUGAAUACAACACUGGGCCCAGAAGCAGACUUCGGUUCCUGUUCUAGCUGUGCCUUUAAUUGGCUGUGUGAUUUUAAUGGGAAAAUUUAAUUUACAAGAUCCUUAAUUUGUAAGGAUCCAUGAAAGACUGUAUAUGCUGAAGUAGCUGGAUCUCAUCAUCACUCCCCUGGCUGCGCUAUCACAAUUCUCCCCAGAGAGCGCUGCUGGAGAAGAAGCAGAGGAAGAAGCGCCUGGAGCCGCUCAUGGCGCAGCCGAACCCAGAAGCCCGGCCACGUCGGUCAAAGCCGAGGGGAAGUGAGGAGCGCGCUCCGCUGGUGGAGCCUCAGGCCCCGCACAGCGGUGUCAUCCUGCACGGCAUUGAUGGUCCCGCUGCCUUCCUGAAGCCAGAUGCUCAAGACGUGGAAACCAGACUUCACGUUCUCUCAGUAGGAUCUUCUGCCACGGAGGAGGAUACUGAAGGAAGUGCUGAUGCAGAUAGCACUUGGGACCCUGCUUCCAAGCCAGAUCUUCAGGAGAUUCUCCAGAAACAUGGUAUCUCAGGGAGUCUGAACUUUGAUGAGGAGGAGACUGAUGGGGAGGAGGAAGAAGGGAAACAACCAGGAUCUCACUCGUCCUAUUCAGAGGCCGAGAGACCCAGUUCUGCAUCCAGCCAGAAGCCAGCCACAGAUACAGGAGCUUCCGGAACUGCAGCCCAGCACACUGAUAACCAGCUGGGAGAAAUAGAGAAUUUAGAGGGCUUCGCAUACAGUCCUGCCCCUCGAGGUGUCACAGUGAAGUGUCGGAUAACUCGGGAUAAAAAAGGAAUGGAUCGGGGGCUUUUCCCUACCUACUAUAUGCACUUGGAAAAGGACGAAAAUCGGAAGAUAUUUCUUCUUGCAGGUAGAAAGCGGAAAAAGAGCAAAACAUCCAACUACCUUAUCUCCACUGAUCCAACAGAUUUAUCUCGUGAAGGGGAAAGUUACAUUGGCAAACUCAGGUCCAACCUCAUGGGGACCAAGUUUACAGUUUAUGACCAUGGUGUCAGCCCGGCCAAGGCCCAGGGUCUGGUAGAAAAGGCCUGCACGCGGCAGGAGCUGGCCGCCGUCUGCUACGAAACAAAUGUACUCGGAUUUAAAGGCCCGAGGAAAAUGUCUGUGAUCAUCCCAGGGAUGAAUAUGAAUCAUGAACGAAUCCCAUUUCAGCCACGAAAUGACCGCGAGAGCUUGCUUUCAAAGUGGCAGAACAAAGCCAUGGAGAACUUGAUCGAGCUGCACAACAAGUCCCCCGUCUGGAACGAUGACACCCAGUCCUACGUCCUGAACUUCCACGGCCGGGUCACUCAGGCCUCUGUGAAGAACUUCCAGAUAGUCCACGAAAAUGACCCUGACUACAUAGUCAUGCAGUUUGGACGUGUGGCCGAUGACGUGUUCACCCUGGACUACAACUACCCGCUGUGCGCGCUCCAGGCCUUCGCCAUCGGGCUCUCCAGCUUCGACAGCAAGCUGGCCUGUGAAUGACAGCUGAGCAGGCUCUGUGCUUUUUCUCUGCAGAGCUUUCUGGAGCACGUAGCCGCUGCUCUUGAGCUUGCCCAGGACAUGGAGAGUGACAGGCCCCCCUUUUGGAAUGGUCCCUGAAAGUAUGUAUGUAGAUGUGCAUGGAUGCACAUAUGUGUGUGUACACACAUAUGUACACACACACCCCUUCUCGGGGUCUCACAGCCCUGGUCAGGGGUCACAGCUUGACUCGGGUGAGAGACUGUCCAGAGCUCACGGUGACUGUGAAGUCACCACCCAGCGGUCAGAAUCCCGUUCUUAGAAACUUGCAGCCAGAAGCAGCUUCUCAUGCUUCAGUACUUGGGUCUCUUUUUUUGCAGAACUUUUCAGAGAGGGACAUUCCCUGAAUUACCUUUAGUCUCCAGGUCUGCAGAGUUUUUCUGUAAGUGGGCGGCGGGGCGGUCCCGGCUGUAGGGUAUCUCUGCCCCCUGUGGGCUUGGGCAUCUUCCAGAACGGCCGUGUCGUGAGAGCACCUGAGUGGGGACAGUGCCUCCAGGAAGUGCAGGCCUGCAAGUCGGAUCUGAAGCGGCACCCGGCCUCAUCUGCUGUGACGUAGCCUUGUCUUUGCUUUGGCCACGGUGGUUUCCAGAGUGUCAUUUACCGUUGGUGAUCAUUCCUCACCCAUGGCGGGGGCCCUGGGAAAAGCGCUCCUCUCUGCCGUCUCUGUGGGGGAGUGUGGUGCCUGUUCCCCAGAGGCAGCCACUGUCCCUCAGCUCGGGAGGCACCGUGUCACGGUCCCCCUUCCCUUAGGGCCGGCUGGCUGGCUGGCUGCAGUCUCAGAGUGGCUCUGGCCCAGUUUGUGAUCAGUGAUGUGAGCAAUUUACGUACUUGUCUUUUUUUUUUUUUUUUGCGGUACCCGGGCCUCUCACUGUUGUGGCCUCUCCCGUUGCGGAGCACAGGCUCCGGACGCGCAGGCUCAGCGGCCAUGGCUCACGGGCCCAGCCGCUCCGCGGCAUGUGGGAUCUUCCCGGACCGGGGCACGAACCCGUGUCCCCUGCAUCGGCAGGCGGACUCUCAACCACUGCGCCACCAGGGAAGCCCGAUGUACUUGUCUUAAUCGCAGGCUAGGCUGCAAGCAUAACCUCUCGAGGUGGCCUAGUCUGCUUACGACUGAGAGGGAUUUGACAGAGGCCGUCACCAUCUUCAGCCCAGGAGUGCGUCCCCGCUGGGUUACUGUGCAGCCGUUAGUGCAGACUCACCUGUGGCCUGCGUGGGAGGGGAGAGAACAGUGUGUGUGGAACUUCCCACUGUCACUGCCCAGAGGGGCGAGGACCGGGCCUGGCUGGCAGAGCUUGGGCCUCUCUUCUUGGCUUGAGUGUCAGCAGCCCCUGAGGCCUGGUUCAUCCGUGGCGGAUCACGUCCUGUCACUUUCCUCACGGACUGUAAGAGUUUUGCUAAGCCGUUCAGGUUGUUACCCUCUCCCAACAAAUCACGUGCCUCUGCUGCUAGUUCACGGCCUCCGCGUGCAUCCGAGUCCUGAGGAUCCAGGAACACCGUGAGCUCUGCAUUGGUGUCGGCCACCUUCCAGGCCUCGUGCGCCAAGCUGUCUGCCAGCCUGGGGCCAGGCAUCGGCGGCUUUCGCUUCGUCCCGUCCCUUCUGUGGACGUCCUUUCUGUCCCUGCUUCUAUCCCUGCUCCACAUCACAUAGCAGCGGGAAGGAAAGAGACCCGGGGGGUGAGCAGACCCGCGGCUCACCCCACGGCUAAGUCCCACCCGCUCUGCCCUGACACGGCUGCUUCCCCUCAAGUGCCUCACUCAUCAGGUGCCCGCCAGGCCCGCGGGACCACCGCCCUGAUCCUGGAAAUGGAAGGCUCUUCACUCGUCUCCUGUUGGAGAAUAUGAAGUGUCUGGGGAAGGGGGGCCGGCGGGGCUGGAUCUGACCUUGCUUCCUCCUGCCUGCUCUGGUGCAGACACAUACCCCAGCUUCAUGUCCUUCCUGCUUGAGCGUGCAGGUGAUCGGUUUUACAUGAAUCAUGUUUAUACCUUUUGUAUGCUACAGAAAUAAAAAAGGAUUUAUAUAAAAA